AUGUACAUUCAGAGUACCGUUAUUGCUCUCUUGAUCAGUCAUCCGUCUUCAUUGCAGCAACACCACACAAGCAUAUUCAACGUCCUCCCAAUGCUGAACCACUCGCCACUGUGCAGACAACGAGUAUCCGCGAAGUGCAUUGCGUCCUCAAUACUCUUCUUCCAUCUUCUAAUCUUUGCAAUCAAUGCGGUUUCUGCCAAUGAUCCAGCCGUGGCAGCGACACUACAACAACGAAUCACACACCGACGGGGGUAUUUGGUGCCAUUAAAUACCCAGAUUACUCUCUCUUGUCCCUUUGAAACACCUUUUUACAAGUGGACUCGGCCGGACUAUCCGUCCCAUUUCCUCGAUGAGACUAAAAAUCUCACCAUCAACGCAGACUCCUUUGAUGUGAGCGGACGCUAUCAGUGCAGUGCUGUCAAUGGCUUCGGCAACUCUCUAGCUGAAAUGGCUAUUCGUGUUGUCGACUAUAAUUCACCAGCUAUCAAAGAAGAAUGUGCUCUUUUACGUGAUGGGAAAAUCAACACGGCAGGUCCGUGUUUUCUGAGGAGUUACACCGAUUCGGAGCUAGUUAUAACGCGUUACUGGGGGGAGGACGUUACCUUUGACUGCAGCAGCGUGACGGCGGAUGGUAGGACUUAUCAACUUGAUUAUGCCUGGGAAUUCUACAAACAGGGUCUUGGAAAGGGCCCUUCGUCUUCCACGAUGGGUAACCGACUGAUACGCCGCAGCAACACGCGAGGCGCACCACCCGGUGGCGGCUCUCCUGUAUCAGUCGGGGCCACCGCUAGCGUCGGCGCUGGCGUUGGUGGCAGCGGCGGUGGCGGCGCCAGCAGUAAUGCGGGUGUGGGUGGUGGGGGUGGGCGAGCUGACGUGGCCCGCUUCUCGGAAUCCCAACUCACCAUUCGUAAGGUUACGCUUAGCAACAUGGGAGAGUACAGAUGUACAGUUACCAAUCCCGCUCCUGACUCCAGCUCCUCCGUCAUACCGAAAAUCGAGAGGACUUUCCAAUUGCAUGUAAUUCCACGUUCCGAAGGUGCUAUCAUCAUUGGUGACCAUGACAUAACAAUGCAUGUCAAAUCCGGAGAGAAUCUCAUUCAGUCGUGCAAAGUGAAUUCCGAACAACACCGAACCGUCACCAUAAGGUGGGGUAAGAUAAUCGAACCAAGCAAAGCAGCCUCCGCUUACGAGGGAGGUGGGAAAGAAAUAAUUCGACUCUCCAAUAUUGCCUUCAUCGUAUUUCCUUUGAUGCCGACGAACGAGGCUAGCAACAAGCUGACCUCCAGCACUCCCUCUGUCAGCGGUCCCUUCGCUGUCAGCGAUCCUGGCUCACCCGAGAGUCAGCUAGUCAUUCAGCGAGUAACCGGUCGUGACGCUGGAGUGUACAUCUGCUCUGUCAUCACCGAGUCGGGGUGGGAUGAUCGAAAACUUGUACGCGUUGUUGUCUCCGAUGCUCAAACUGAACCUUCUGCAGAGACCUUUGAAGAAAACAGCUAUCCACGACGUCUGGCACUAUACAUAGCUGCACCAGUAAUAGUCUUCUUUGUGUGCAUUUUCAUCAUUAGCUACUGUCUUAUCAAUCGCAAAAGCCGUCGCUGUUCACAGCUUAACGGAAGUGGUCACACACGAGCCACAUUGCCAGUGAUGAGACAGAUUGGUAACAGCAACAACUCUGUUAGCAUCUAUCGCAGUGGGUUAAAUGGCCCUGGUAUCACAGGUAAGACCAAUACGACGGGCCUAAUUGACCACCACAUGGGGCAUCACUCGCCGCAGGGUCCUCCCUCUUCCGCCGUUACGGCUCCAGCAGCAGCAGCAGCAGCAGCAGCAGCAACAACAACAACAAAUAAUAAUAAUAGUACUAACACUAAUAAUAGCAACCACGUUGCCUACUCCUCGUCUACGGGCUCUCAUUCUCUAAGUGGUACCUCUGCUGGCACACCAGGUUCUAUGCUGCUUGCUAACACCAUGGUCCAAGUUCUGCCUCCGGAUGGAUCUGGCUACCCUCUCCUGAAACCCAACGGACAUCAUCAUCAUCAUCACCAACCUCCACCACAGUCGCAGGUCCCCCCACCGCCCCCCCACAGCACCUAUGAUCCCUACAACACGAGUCACAUGAGUAAUGGAGUCUCCAGCGACACAGGAGUUGGGGGCCCAGGAGCGAUGAUGUAUAUGCCUUCUGCGUAUCGCGAUUUUCAGGCUUAG